UGUUGGCGUGCGUGAGCGUUGUGUGUGUGAGCGGCGUUAGUUUCUUGAGGAAAGAGAAAAGAGGAAGCAGUUCCGCCCUCAGAAGCUGCCUGGAGGCCGUGGAGAAAAGAGCAGAAAAGAAAAGAAAAGAAACGAAGGAAGGAAGGAAGCAGCAUAGCCACAAAACACCGGCCUCACACCGAAAACUAAACCCAAACAAAAGGUGUUAAUCAGUAAGUUGGUGUUUUGGCGGAUGGACAGCAGAACUCUGGCGGUACUUCGGUUCUCAGGUGUGGCGCGUCGUUGUUAAAAAAAAUGAGCUUUACAUUGACAAGUGUUAGUUUCCAGCUGCUUUCUUAAAGUCGUCCAUGCUGGUGUCUUCUGCUAACAUUACGUGACAGACGGACUCUUGAGAAGCUUAUUGUACUUUGACUUCGGUCUUUGGUUUGACUUCUUGGCUUUAUUGACUGCUGCUGAACGGCGGGACUGUGAUUGUGGCCCUGGAAGCUUUCUGAUCCGGACAAAUCCCAGUUGAAAAAAAAAAAUCAGCAUGAGCGGAGAAGAGGAAAGAUUCAAACUGGUGGUGGUGGGAGGAGGAGGGGUGGGGAAGAGCGCCCUGACCAUCCAGUUCAUUCAGUCCUACUUUGUGUCAGACUACGACCCCACCAUCGAAGACUCCUACACCAAGAUCUGCACAGUGGAUGGAAAGGAGACCCGGCUGGACAUCUUGGAUACAGCAGGUCAGGAGGAGUUUGGGGCGAUGAGGGAGCAGUACAUGCGCUCAGGAGAGGGCUUCCUACUGGUGUUCGCACUCAAUGACCGGGGCAGCUACCAUGAGGUGCAGAAGUUCCACACCCAGAUCUUGAGGGUGAAGGACCGAGACGACUACCCCAUGGUGCUGGUUGGAAACAAGGCAGACCUGGAACAGCAGAGAGUGAUCUCCAGGGAGGACGCUCAGGCCUUCGCCAGAGAGAACAGGAUCCACUACAUGGAGGCUUCAGCCAAGAACCGCUACAAUGUAGAUGAAGUCUUCUUGGAGCUAGUGCAGAUUAUCAGACGGUUUCAGGAGAUGGAGAGUCCUCCUCCUACAGCUCAUCACACAGGGAAACAGUCACGUGGUGGCUGUCCCUGUGUCCUCCUUUAAGCACUGUUACUAUGGACACCAAAGCCUCAUCCCUCUACAGCAAGUCCAAAAAGGAGUGUGUGUG